GAGGAGGGUCGAGGAAGGGGUGAAUACGGGUAGGGGAGGGGUGCAGAGAGAGGGGUUUGAGUCGGGUGCCGGCAGGGUGGGCGGCCAGGAGGGGGAUGGGGUUCAGGUGGGGGGGGAGGGGUAAGGAUAGUUGUAGGGGAGGUGGGUUAUGGAGGGGAUGAAAGCGAAGGGACUGUGGUAGGGGAAAGGGUAGGUGCCGAGGUGAGUUUGCAGGUAAAAAGCGGAGGUGACGAGGAAGCGGCAAUGGAGUUAGAAGAGGUUGCGAUUAGCGUUGUGGGACGCGAGAAGUUUGGGGGUGGGGGACGCAAGGUAAAGCUGGCGGGGGUGGGGCCGUCCGGCUGGCUUCUGCGCACUACAGUCCAGCUAUUGUCCCGUGCCGACGCCGUAGCUCUGUGCAGCAGGGGGAGCCUCACCACCCUCUCGACGUUAGUCAUCGAAGCCUAUGGCGGCCUUUACUCCGGCCUAGGGAAUUCUCACGCCUCUCCGCCGCUCUCCAGCAUCUCUGAGCGCCCUCGCAGUCUGACGUGUUCCCUUCUGUUUGCUGGCGCCGCCAAGCCCUCCCGAGCGCGCCGUCACUAGCGGUUUCCGAGCAGCCGGUGUCGCCGGGAAAGGUAGCGGCUCGCGCUCCGUACCACGCCGAGGACUCUGGGAUAGAAACGGCCGGAGACCGGUAACCUGGGAGACGGGCGCGUGGCGACGAGGUCGGCUGCGGUAGCUCCGUCUCCGCUAACGGGCGGGUAGCCCCGGCGCGGUACCAGCCGAGCUCGUUAACGCCAUUAUCCUACACAGCACACACUUGCCUACGAGAAUAGAACAACUGUUUGUCAUUUGUUGAUCCAUCAUUAUUUAAGUAAUUUACUGGAAGAUUGGAAAGCUGUGAAAGUAGAUCCUAGAAUUGAUUGUUAAACCAUGGAAUCACACUGAAGAAAAUUAAUAUAAAAGGAUGACCAAACUCAAAGACUGGAAGCUGUGACUGAACUAUGCUUCUCUGAGUGGAAAAUUUCAUGGAAAAGAUGAAAAAAUUUAAGCGGCGUCUUUCCUUAACCUUGCGAGGCAGCCAAACAAUAGACGAGUCUCUAUCAGAGCUUGCAGAGCAAAUGACCAUUGAAGAGAACAGCAGUAAAGAUAAUGAGCCAAUUGUGAAGAAUGGCAGGCCUGCAACAUCGCACAGUAUGCACUCCUUUCUCCAUCAGUACGCAGGCUCUUUCAAAAAGCCCCCUCUACGGAGACCCCAUAGCGUGAUUGGUGGGAGCCUCGGCUCUUUCAUUUCCAUGCCCAGGAAUGGUGGUGGUAGACUAGAUAUAGUACAUGAGAAUUUGAAAAUAGGUUCAGAUGGCGAGAGUGAUCAAGCUUCUGGAACAUCAUCUGAUGAGGUGCAGUCACCUACACGUGUUCGAAUGAGAAAUCACCUGCAUAGGAGAAUCUCCAUGGAGGAUGUCAACAAACGGCUGUCAUUACCUGCUGAUAUUCGGUUGCCUGAUGGAUAUUUGGAAAAACUGCAGAUGAGCAGCCCACCUUUUGACCAGCCAAUGAGUAGAAGAUCUCGCAGAGCUUCUUUGUCUGAGAUCGGAUUUGGGAAACUAGAAACCUACAUUAAGUUGGACAAACUUGGAGAGGGUACCUAUGCAACAGUAUUUAAGGGAAGAAGUAAGCUGACUGAUAACCUGGUGGCACUGAAAGAAAUCAGGUUGGAACAUGAGGAGGGUGCUCCUUGUACAGCAAUUCGAGAAGUGUCAUUAUUGAAGGACUUGAAGCACGCAAACAUUGUCACUUUACAUGAUAUUAUUCAUACAGAAAAAUCAUUGACACUAGUCUUUGAAUAUUUGGACAAGGACCUGAAACAGUACAUGGAUGACUGUGGAAAUAUAAUGAGCAUGCACAAUGUGACGAUAUUUUUAUUCCAGAUUUUAAGGGGCUUGGCCUACUGUCACAAACGGAAAGUGUUGCACCGAGAUCUGAAACCACAGAACCUACUGAUUAAUGAAAGAGGGGAACUGAAGCUUGCGGAUUUUGGUUUGGCAAGAGCCAAGUCAGUUCCUACAAAGACAUACUCAAAUGAGGUCGUAACAUUAUGGUACAGACCCCCAGAUGUACUCCUGGGUUCUUCAGAGUAUUCAACACAAAUUGACAUGUGGGGUGUUGGGUGUAUCUUUUAUGAAAUGGCAGCAGGAAGACCUCUUUUUCCUGGUUCCACUGUAGAAGAUGAAUUGCACUUGAUUUUCAGGUUACUAGGAACGCCCACAGAGGAGGAAUGGCCAGGAAUAUCUUCAAAUGAGGAAUUUAAGACUUACAACUUUCCCAAAUAUAAACCACAACAAGUGAUAAAUCAUGCACCAAGAUUGGACACAGAAGGAAUUGAUCUGUUAUCGAGUUUUUUACAAUACCAAGCCAAGAAGAGAAUUUCUGCAGACGAUGCCAUGAAGCAUCUUUAUUUUAAAAGUCUUGGAGCAAGGGCGCACACUUUACCAGAUGGAGCUUCUGUAUUUUCAUUAAAUGAAAUUCGAUUGCAAAAAGAUCCUGGCUACAGAACCUCAUCAUAUCCAGAGACAGCACAUGGGAAAAACAGAAGACAGAGUAUGUUGUUCUAGACUGUCGUGAAAAGUAAUAGAAUUGAGUUCCAUUGGCUUGCUACUUACAUUGGAAUUUUGAUUCUGAAGAUACUAUUUUCCAUAACACAGAAUGGAUUGGACUUGAACGACAACACUUUUCCUUUAUUGCCCUUCUUGCGAUAGUCUUUUCUUGAGAUACAGUAUAUAGAUUGUUUUAUAAGGGUCACAGUGUGACAUUUUUAUUAUAUAUAUUGUACACAUGUGUAUGUAUGUGGGUAUAUAUAAUAUAUGCAUGUACAUACACACACUGAGAGAAAACAGUUCUAUGAUUCACCUCUGCUGUUAAUAGCCAGUAAGUUCCAGCAGCUGUUGUAACUUUAGCUGCAGUUUUGUGCGGUGAUGGAAACAAAAGUGCUUAUUUAUUGGGAAUCAUUGCUGCUAAAAGACUACUGUCCAUAAACCACAUUGUGGUGGUAUAGAGAAAAAUGUGAGUGGCUUGUGAAUGCAUCUGUUUCUCCCAGUACCUUUUUCCAGCAUUUUGCAAAUUUGAUUGUGCUGUUUAGUUGCAAAUGCUCUGAUAUUAGAACUGUCUCACCUUUUAAAAUAUGAUUUUGAUGAGCUAUCUUGCAACCUCAAAGCUCAUAGGUUACAGCAUUUAAAUUUAUUUUGAAAUUAUGUGGCCAACAGAUUAAUUGAUUAGUGUAUUUUUUAAAAAAUGUAAUUAAUUAAGCUGUCAACCUGCACUUCCAUUACUGAACAUUGUCAAAUUAAUUGCACCUGUUAUUUUUCCAUGUCACUAUGAAGACUUUGAAAUUCAGCGAGUUCAGUUUUGUCUCUGAUCUCAGCUGUUACUACUUCUACAUCAUUUUAUAAUAAUUUCACUACAAAACGCUUAUCUCGAUGUAUGUCAUAAGUAGGCUUUUGUUAACAGUAUUUGACUUUCCAAAUAAUGGUUUCAGUGGACCUACAUCUUAGGAUUACUGUUAAUAGAUAAUUGUUGAGAUAUUGGACUUUUAGCAAAUGUGCUUAAUCAUUGACAAUAUUUUUGGACUUCUAAACUUAUUCAGGGUCCUGCCAUUUUCAUAAAUUUCAAUAGGUUGUUAUUUAACAGUGUUAAUAUUUUCUAUGUUUAAUUUUAUUUGUGAACUGUGAUGAUGGCAUGUUGUAAAAGUGUUUAUUUGUAUUUUGCGUUAUGACUGACUGAUUUUAAUUGGAAUUUUGUAAGAGAAAAAAACAAGUAGACUAAUUAGUAACAUCGUGUAUUGGACCACUACCGCUUAUCAGAAUGAUUCCGGGCUGAAGUCUGUAUAUCUAACUAAAACUGCUGUGCUAUUUAUGAUUGAGUGCUACUUUUGCUUGAAAUUAUAAAUAUUACAGUGCA